GGGGCCACAGUUGUACGAAAAUGGGCGGGAGAGCUGCAAUAACUCGCAGCGGCCGAUAUUCAAGGGUGUGUGUGUGUGUGUGUGUCACCGCGGCGGAUGAGGUUCCGGGAUUCCUGGUGGGAUUGUUUGCCGAGUCUUCCUCUUCAAUAUCGCGCCGAGGCGCUCAUUGGCGUUUUGUGACGAGCGUCCUUCUAUGGACAUCGAGUACCGGAGUGAGGAUUUGGACACCCGGUGGCUAAGUGGCUGCCGGGAUCUUGAAUGUGAUGUUGUGGUGAUAGCAAACACCAUUGAUACUGCAUUGCUUUUCCGCUAGGGAUCUCAAGACAUUUAAACCCCCGGACAUUCCAACUAGCCUGACUAGAGGUAUUGAAGAGUCCCGCAGCCAG